AAGUAGGAACAUCAUUACCAGGAUUUUAAGGAUCCUACCAACUCAUAUUAAAUUGGAUUCGGACCCUUUAUAUUAUUCUUCCCUAAUAAUUUAUCAGAAAGACUGCAAUGAAAGAGGGGUUAUAACGAGGGGUCCUUACUAGGUUUCAGAUCAAUAACGAGGGGCCAUAUUGAACCUCUCAACAUAGACCUGUUGUGGAUAGUUUUUGAGCCCACAUUCCAAUUUUAAGCCCAUCACUCCCCAAUUAUACUACAGCCCAGCCCAUAUCUCAUGCAAAUGGACUUUGAAUAUUUCACUAGGAGAUUAUGGGCCCAUCCUCAUCCUCUCCAAAAUCUAAGGAGAACCAAAAAAAGGAGAGAAAAAAAAAAAAAAAAAACACCUGAAAAAGCGACAACCUUUGAAUAUUGAAUUGAAUUCCGAUUCUGAGGUCCAAUCGGAUUAAAAGACCAAAAACCCCAAGAGCAUCCCAAGAAAUCCGGGGCCUCAACAAGUUGGUUCCCUCUCACGUCCCCGCGAUCCCCUGAAAACCCCGAAACCCCCGUGUACUCAUCCGUCAUUUCAAUCCCACGAGGCUCCGCCUCCCAACCCUACACAAGAUCUCUCUCCCUUCCCUCUCAACAAGUUUCAUGCAAAAGCAGCCUCAAACUCGAACUGGGAAAAAUGAUAGAGCCCCUGAACGAGCACGAGCCCUGCUCCCCAUCCUCCCUCAAGCAGAAACUCCGCUCCUCCCUCUGCAUCAUCCCGUGCUUCCCCAAAACGACGCCGCACCACCACUCCAUCACCGCCCCCACCACCCCCCACGCCCACUCCGCCAACGUCAGCCUCGUCCGCAACUCCUCCUUCUCCUCCUCCAGCAAGUCCCGCUCUAGCCAUCACCACAAUCACCACCAUCACCAUCACGGCCAUCACAACAGCCAUUACGAGUUCGCGGAAUUGAAGGACAAGUGCAAGAGCUUGAUCGGGCGUAUGGGACGGAGCCACACGGCGCGGAGGCACUCGGCCUCCGCCGACUUCAAAUACGACCCCCUCAGCUACGCCCUCAAUUUUGAUCACGAGGAGGAGAACAUCGAGGACUAUCCCUUCAGGAGCUUCUCCGCCCGGUUGCCGCCCUCGCCGCCCCGAACCUUGCAGGACUCCGCCGCUUCUCCGUCUGCCUCUAAGGAAAUAACUGCUUGUAGUUGAUCAUCAUCUCUCGCGCGGGCCUCUGGUUCAUUAAUUCAUUUUAUUCAUCAAUUGUUUCUCAAUAAUUAAUUAGGUUCGUUAAACUUAAAUGUAAUUAUUGAUCAUGUAUAUAUAUUUACAUGAACAGACACAAAAUUUGGUCUGUUCAUUAAAUGUAAUUAUUGCUACGGCUACGGUAAUUUUGCAGUGCAGAGUACUCAAAUUCUUUUGAUCA